GCGGGCGCGCAUGCACCGGCUCGGGCGGCCCCGUUGAGGAGCACGCUUGGCAGGGCUGAGGGGGAGGACCGGCUGCGGGGGCCCAUGGCGAGCGGGGUUAUUAAAUGCAAGGCCGCUGUUGCCUGGGAUGCAGGUAAACCACUCUCUAUAGAAGAGGUAGAGGUUGCACCACCAAAAGCACAUGAAGUCCGUAUUAAGGUUGUUGCCACUGCUGUCUGUCACACAGAUGCCUAUACGCUGAGUGGUGCUGAUCCUGAGGGGUGUUUCCCAGUGAUUUUGGGUCACGAAGGAGCAGGAAUUGUGGAGAGUGUUGGGGAAGGAGUAACUAAAUUAAAACCAGGUGACACAGUCAUCCCACUGUACAUCCCACAAUGUGGAGAAUGCAAGUUCUGUUUGAACCCUAAAACCAAUCUCUGCCAAAAGAUAAGAGUUACCCAAGGAAAAGGACUGAUGCCCGAUGGUACCAGCAGGUUCACCUGCAAAGGGAAGCAAAUUUACCACUUCAUGGGGACUAGCACCUUCUCUGAAUACACCGUUGUGGCUGACAUCUCUGUGGCUAAAAUUGAUGCUGCUGCUCCUCUGGAUAAAGUUUGCCUAUUGGGCUGUGGAAUUUCAACAGGCUAUGGCGCUGCCAUCAACACUGCCAAGGUGGAACUUGGUUCUACCUGUGCUGUCUUUGGAUUGGGAGGAGUUGGGCUGGCAGUUAUUAUGGGCUGUAAAGUGGCUGGAGCUUCCCGGAUCAUCGGCGUUGAUCUCAACAAAGAUAAAUUUGCCAAGGCUAAAGAGUUUGGAGCCACUGAGUGCAUCAACCCUCAGGACUUCAAGAAGCCCAUACAGGAGGUGCUGGUUGAGCUUACUGAUGGUGGAGUGGACUACUCUUUUGAGUGCAUUGGGAAUGUUGGUGUCAUGAGGGCUGCCUUGGAAUCCUGUCACAAAGGCUGGGGAGUCAGUGUGAUAGUUGGAGUAGCUGCUGCUGGUCAGGAGAUCUCUACCCGUCCCUUCCAACUAGUAACAGGUCGCACGUGGAAAGGGACUGCCUUUGGAGGUUGGAAGAGUGUAGAGAGUGUACCAACGCUGGUGGCUGAAUACAUGUCAAAAAAGAUCAAAGUUGAUGAAUUUGUGACUCACACUCUGCCUUUUGACAAAAUUAAUGAGGCUUUUGAACUGAUGCAUGCAGGGAAGAGCAUUCGAAGUGUCCUGAAAUUUUAAGGAUCCGGAAGAUGGAACCUGCCAGUCUUAGCACUAUGCUGUGUCUACUAGUUAAUGGAGCUUUUUGAAGACGUGUAGGAUCAGCUGGAGAGAAAAUUCAGUUGUGAUGGGAAAACCAUCUGCUUUAGGAUCAUAGUCUCUAUUAAAUCAUAGGUAACCUGAUCUUAGACUAACGAUAAAUACUAAAUCCAGUUAUGAAACUAAUGCUGGUUGUGGUCAUGAAAUUAAUGUUUUAUUCUAUACUAGUCAUUCCUGAAUUCUGACAGUGCCUAAAUCUUUAAAGCUGCUUGGUAGUUUUUUUUGUAAACACCACCUAGAAACUUUCAUUCCUCUACAGUCAUUAAUGUGUUUUCUCUACUUCUAAAAAGUUAUUAGAUGGACUACGUAAGACCUAAAGAUCUGUGGGUUGCAGAUGUGUACAGAGAAACUCCCUCCCCAUGCAAAAUAGGGUGAGGAGAAGACCCAGCUGUAUCUGCAACAACUUCCUAAUCCUCAUGAUGGGGGAUCUUCCUGCAGUGCUCAUCAGCAGUAAAAGUUAAAUGUUGCAGUUAAGUUCUCACAUUGUAGAGAACCCCAUGGAUGUAGUAUUUUAUACCAUUUUAUUCGUUCAGAGCUAGGUUUUUUUCAACCACAGCCAUUAGACUCUUAUCAGGGGAAGCUUAGUUUCUGCAGAUGAUUGGGCUGCCAGUGAACUAUUGCACUACAGGCUGAAGCUGACCUUAUCCUUCAUAGUACAGUCUAAGGAGACAAUCUCUGAGUAAACUCCUCUCCUAACUUAACUGCUGUGGAACCCAGAGGCAUGGGAGAGGGUGAUUUAAAUCAAGGCCCAACACCCAGCCAACCUGUUGCCGCUGCUGUAAAUAGCCCUACUUCGAAAACAAAACUUAUUUAAGACUUACCCUUUAUUUUGAAAAAACAUUAAAACUAGUCAAAGGUUUCUGUGACAUUGUUACAGUCUGAGGCCCAAAGCCACAGCUGUGUGGGCUGUGAUUUAUCUGCUCUUACUGAAAGUGAGGUAAAGAAAGUGCCCUCCUUGCAACAAUAAUGUUGAAGGAAAACUGAGCACUGUGUAGAAAGUGAUAUUGGGGAUUCACUUCCUUCCUCCUGGCCAAUAAACUGCUGCCCUAGCAUGAGUGUAUGGGGCAACCUGUAGUAAAUCUGACCAACUCUAAGGGCUGGACUAAGUAACAUGAACAUCCCAUGGUAACUUCACAAGAAUCUUUCUGGUUGUUCCACUCCUGCUUCAUUUCCCAUUUGGCUAAUUACAGUCUACUGUGCUGGCCAUAUGCCUUCUGUUCCUGUGCUGUAGUGUUACAGUUAACUAACUGUCAG